CGGCAGCAGACUGAGACUGAGACUGCAACAUGCGAUGAUCAGCGCAGUUUUCUAGUCGAUCCAGGGAGAAACGGUCUAUUUCCUAGUUUCCUUGUAUCUCGUCGGGAUUUUGUCUUAAUUAUCCCAUUUAUUAGCCCUGAUAUUCCCUUUAAUCUUAGAGCUUGAGCGUCGUUCAGUCGAAGACCUUGACACGAGUUUCCCGCAUCUCAUUCAUUUUUUAAAUCUCUUUUCGGUGUGCAGGGAGUGAUUCGCCCUGUGAUUCCAGUGGAUCGGGUUCUUCCUCGUUCCCCGCUGAAACAACCGACGAUCUGCACAAUGCAGCAUAUCCAGAUGUCAGAAGAUGAUGAGCUUGAUGAAUCCCGAUUUUCUCCGCUCCUGAAACCGGCGUCUCCUAUAAAUUUCCCUAUUCCAGGAUCUCCGGAUCCCCGGCUGGUAGUAAUGUCUUCGUUAUUGGAGGACGCGCGUUUUUUUGGUGAGAAUAGUCUGUACUUUAAAAUGUCGGCCAAAAUGGACGAGGUCCUGGAAAUCGGGGUGGACCUGCAGUCCAGGGGACGAUUUCUCAUGAAUGUGGCCUACAAGCAAGCUGUUUACGCACUGCGUUGUUCCUGGAGAGUUCUGAGCGCCAUUGAAGCUGCUUUGGAAGGAGACCUAGCUAAACAGCAGAUGGUCACGGAAUACCGCGAGAAAGUGGAAAAGCGUUUAAAUGAUUUUUGCCGUAAGGUGCUGACGUCCCUUGACAAACACCUGGACAGUGUCCCUGAUACCGAAAGUAUUUUCUACUUGGAAUUAAAAGGGGACUUCUACCGUUAUCUGGCAGAGGUGGCCAUCGGCGAUAAUCGCAAUGUUCUGCUGGAAAACUGCCGUAAAUCAUACGACGAAGCCUGGACGCAGACGAAAGGCGCGGCGUGCGGGCUGGCGCCUGAUCAUCCCGUUGUGCUCGGUGCGGCCGCAAAUUUAGCGCUUUGUCAGAUCGUUUUGAAUCGUCCCGAAGUAUCGCAUGUGGUGGCUUCGGAGGCCAGGAAGAAGGCGCUCGAUUAUAGUGUCCUCAGCAAUGUGGAUUUUGAGGAGGACGCCAGCCUCGUUGACCAAUUUCUGCGGAUAUUAAAAGAGAUCACGCCAGUCAGAGCGAACGCAGUUGUGCCAAUUCCGGAAGCUCCUGUUGCUGUCCCUGCGAAUCUUCCGGCGACGAACAAAGUGGAGAGCCCUCCAGUAUCCAUCAUGGCCACGAACGAGAAGGACCGCGAGAAGUCCCGCUACCAGACGCCGUUGACGCAGCGCUAUGCCAGCGAGGAGAUGUGCUACAACUUCAGCGAGCGCAAACGCAUCAUCACCUGGAGGAAACUCUGGGUCUGGCUGGCCAAAUCGCAACAGAAACUGGGUUUGAAUAUUGCCGAAGACCAGAUAGCGGAAAUGGAGGCGAAUGUGGAGCGUAUUGACUGGGACUUCGCGUUGGCGGAGGAGAAGCGCGUGCGGCACGAUGUGAUGGCGCAUGUGCGGGCUUUUGGAAAAGAGUGCAAGAAGGCCGAGGGCAUUAUCCAUCUGGGCGCCACUUCCUGCUACGUGACGGACAAUACCGAUCUUAUUUGUAUACGCGAUGGACUGCAAAUACUCUUGCCCAAGCUGGCACGGUGCAUUGAUCGUCUGAGCAAAUUUGCGGAUGAUUACAAAGCGUUGCCGACUCUGGGAUACACACAUCUGCAACCAGCGCAGUUGACGACGGUGGGGAAGCGAGCGGCGCUGUGGACGGGCGAUCUGGUGAUGGAUCUGCAUAAUUUCGAACGGAUCAAGUCCGAUCUGCGCUUCCGCGGCGUCAAAGGCAGCACCGGGACGCAGGCCAGCUUCGUGCAGCUGUUCGGCAACGCCGACAAGGCCCACAUGCUGGAUGUCCUCGUCUGCGAUUAUGCCGGCUUCAAAAAGUGUUUUAUCAUUUGCGGGCAGACAUACACGCGUAAACAGGAUUUGGAGGUGCUGUCGGUGUUGGCUGGACUGGGAGCGACCGUCCAUAAGAUCUGCACGGACAUCCGGCUGCUGGCCAGUUUCAAGGAGCUGGAGGAGCCCUUCGAGGCGGAGCAGAUCGGGUCGAGCGCGAUGCCCUACAAGCGCAAUCCGAUGCGCAGCGAGCGCUGCUGCAGUCUGGCGCGCCACCUCAUGACGCUCGUCAACGACGCGCUGCAGACGCACUCCGUGCAGUGGAUGGAGCGCACGCUGGACGACAGCGCCAACCGGCUUAUUUGCAUUCCGGAGGCGUUUCUGAUCGCGGACGCGUUGCUGAUCACGCUGCAGAACAUCUGCGAAGGCCUGGUCGUUUAUCCGAACGUGAUCAGUCGGCGCAUCGCCGCGGAACUGCCCUUCAUGGCCACGGAGAACAUCAUCAUGGCCGUCGUGAAGGCCGGCGGGAAUCGGCAGGAGUGCCACGAGAAACUGCGGGAAUUAUCGCAGCUGGCCGGGAACGUCGUCAAGCAGGAGGGCAAGGACAACGAUUUGCUCCAGCGCAUCCGCUCCGACGCCUACUUCGCCAACAUCCACAACGAGCUCGACGAGCUCAUGAAUCCCACGCUCUUCACCGGACGCGCCGAUAAACAGGUGGAGGAGUUUUUGGAUGCGGAAGUCCGUCCCCGGCUGCUGAAGUACACGUCGGCACUGGCCGGCAUCGCGACGGUGGACUUGUGAUGGCGACGCAUCAUUCUCAUUUCGAAGCAGUAUCCAGUUUUGGGACGUUGUGGUGUUAAAUUUUGAUAAUAUUAACUGUGAAAGGGUAUUUGUCUUAAUCUGUUUUUAACCCGGUUUGCUCAAGGAAUUGUGUUGCUCAAGUGGAAAUUCGUAUCAUGAUUAUAGCGAACGAUCCUGCAGUA